UUUUGUUAUACAUAUAGUAUUGGUUUGAUCUGAUUCAAGGGGAAAAAAGAUUAACAAAAAUUUUAAGAAAAGAAAAUAUGCAGGCUAUCAAGGACAAGAUCAAUGACAUGACCUCCAUGCGGAAGGCGAAGUCUGAUGCAAGGGCCGAAGAGAAGGCAGAGAAGGAUCUAGCAAAAGCAAGGAUGGGGAUAGCGCAUGAGGUAAGGUUGGCAAAAGAAGCAGAAGCAGCCAUGGACUUGCAUGUAGCUAAAGCCGACGAAUUGGCUAAACGGGAAAUGGAGAAGCAGUCUGCUUAUGCCGAUCCUCAUCAUGAAAAUGCCGUUGAUCUUAAUGAACAUCCCCACUCUCAGCGUAAUUAGCUACCAAAUAAUUAAUUACUCACUCUUAAGGGCAUUUGAGAGGGUCGUGAGAACACCUCCAAUAUCCAGACACAUGUAUAACACGUUCGUGUAUAUCUAGCCAGUUUCAAUUAAUAUUUAUGUGUUUAUGAUACUUCUAUAAUCUCUGUGUUAAGUGUUCUUUUCCUUUUCUUUCGAAGAGGAAGGGGUCGAAUCCAGAAUAUAUACUUUUCAUGAGUUGCGAUAAGGAAUAGUACUGGCUCUUCUUAUGUAGGCUAAAUUCCAGGAAUUAUUGUGUCAAUUUCUUUA